AGUGUUGGCUCACAGCGUGGAGAUGCCAUGGCUUGGAACCACGACAUCCCUGCAGAGAGGAUGACAGGCAAAGUUGAGAUGAAGGACUUCACCAAGAAUUUGUCUCAGGUGAAGGCAAGUUGCGCCAGCCUCUUGGAGCAGAUUGCCGCUUUGCAAGCAGCUCAUGAAGAGGCGAUGGCUGGAGUUUUUGUAUCCGAGGAGAAGGAUGUCAAAGGGAAGCCAACGGAACUCACACGUGCCACAGGGGACGGAGCGGAGACUUCUGAGAGACCUUUGUCCCUGACUACUAUGGAUCUUUUGAGGAAAGAGCCAGAAAAAAAGGCCAAGACCGCCAACAAACUUGGUGUUCUGGAGAAGGUGCUUCGUUGGUUUCGCCGUGGGCCGUCAAGUCAGGCAAAGGAGAAGGAUCCAAAGGAAAUGGCAGUAAAAAGUUGCGAGCUCCCUGUCAAGGACGAGUGCGAGCCUGGUAGCGUAAGCAUUAAGGACCAUCGACCAACCAGCGCAGAUCCAAAGGUUUCAGGGAAGUCCUGUACCAAGGAAUGCUGCGUGCAGAGUCGGGCAUUGGCUCAACGCAUUGUGGCGAGCUUUCUUUUUAAGGCAAUUGUGAUGAUGGCCAUCCUUGCCAAUGCAAUUUGGUUGGCCUUUCAAACAGACUGGCGAUUGAGGAAUGCCUAUGCUCCAUUGACGGGCGGAGUGAAGGAGACCGAGGAUCAGAACGUGGAUUUGGCCUUCGCUAUUUGGUUCCUGAUGGAAGUGGCUCUGCGGCUCUUUGCCGAAGGUAAAGACUUUUUUUGGGGCCCACAUCAGGUCUGGAAUAUGUUUGAUUCCCUCAUUGUCCUGGAGGCUUGGGUGACAGUUUUCUAUGAUUUCAUUCAACUUACGCAGCUGCGCGUCUUGGGCGUAUUACGUUUGGCGCGAAUCACUGGGCGGAUUGUGAGGAUGAUGAAAACCCCGAAGGUUUUCCGAAGUGCAAGAACCAUGAUGAUUGCUGUUCUCAACUCCUUCGCUGACCUCUUCUGGUCCAUCCUUGUCAUCGCGUUGAUCCUCUUCGUUUACGGCGUGUUUUUGUCUGAAGGGGCUGUCGAAUACUUCGUGUCCUUGGGGCCAGUGGGGAAUUUGACCAGCGCACAGCAAGCUGAUGCGGACAGAGUCAAAGACUACUUUGGCUCGAUGCACAUGAUCAUGAUUUCACUUUGGGCGGCCGUGAGCGGUGGAAACGAUUGGAUGAAUUACGGCGAAACUCUUCAAGUGAUGGACACCACCUGGGUAUAUUUUGCGACCUUUGUGUUUUACAUUGCUUUCUGUGCCAUCGGCCUCUUCAACGUCGUUACAGGCGUCUUUGUCGACAGUGCUGUGGAGGCUGCUCAGAAUUUGAAGAGUGAAGCUGAAACCAUACAGAGCUAUCAUGAAGACUUGGAAAAUGAGAUCGAAGAAUUCAAGUCAGUCUUGAAGAUGACAGAUAUCGACCGAGACGGCAAAGUUUCUUACAACGAGUUGGCCGAGACUGUGCAAAAAGAGCAAAAUGUCGUAACUUGCCCGCAUUUGAAUUUCUUAACGAUGUCCAGACGGUCCAAUGCUGCUAAGCAUCAGGAUUGUCAGAAGGAUGUGUGUUCCUAG